GCCCCGCCCCCCAGCCGCCCCCAGCCGCCCCGCCCCCCAGCCCCGCACAUCGGGGGCUGACGCCGCUUCCACGGCCGCUCGCUCCUCCCCACGGCUGCUGCCGCUACGCCGAGGCGCGUCGUGUUAUUGUGGCGCUGUGCGGUGGGGGAGAGAGCAGGGAGAGAGGUGGUGGUGGGGGGGGAGACGCAGGAGGCGGAGGAGGAGGAGCCGCGCAGCCACGCGUGGACGCGGGAGAGAGCGCGAGCGAGCGAGGGAGCGAGCGCGGAGAGAAGAGGAGCGGAGCUCGCGACUCGCGAGCGGACCGAAGAGGUUCGUGCGGCUCGGCUUGAGAGAAAGAGGGAGCGGCCAUCACGGCGCCGCCGUGCGGUGGCUGUUUCUGGCAAGGGCGCGCGCCUGGCAGGCCCCGUGGGUUCGCGCCGGGCAGCAGGGGACGCACGGCCGUUGGAGGUGAGACCGGGAUGCUUCGUGCCGUUCACCGUGGCCUUCACCGCUAGCGUCCGGCACCGCACCUGCAUCCCACGGCCGGUCCCGCUGUGCGGCUGCACCACCCGCCCACAUGGAGUACGGCGUCGGCAGCAUCGUCAGCAUCAGCGGUAGGAGCAGCAGGAGGAUUUAGGCGGCGCCCCGUGCCGUGUGCGCGCCGGCGAUCGCACAGCGGCGGCGAUGGCGAGCGAGCAGCGGCUCACGCCGGCGCCGGCGUUUCUCAACCUCCCGUCGGGCGCGCUGCACCAGGACUCGGCGCUCAAGGCGGCCGCCGCCACGUGGAUCAGCUUCUCGUCGGCCGUGGCCGCUCAGCGGGCCCAGCAGCAGCAGCAGCAGCAGCAGCUCGGCCGCGCCGCCUCCUCAUCCCCGCCGCCGAUGCUGGCGCCGCCCCAUUCGCGCGCCGGCGACCGCUACGGCGACGACUCCCGCCGUCGCGGGGACGGCCGCCGCGACUGCGACGACGGGGACGACGAGGAGGACGAGGAUGACGAGGAUCGCCCGCAGGAUCUGAGCGUGCGGGGGCGGUGCCGCGCGGCAUCGGCACCGUCUCCCGCGCCGCCGCCGCCGCCGCCGCCGGCGCCGCAGUCGCGCGGCUCGGCGGGCGGCCGCUACGAGUGCAAGCACUGCCACCUGGCGACGCAGGACUUCGGCCUGUUCACGUGCCACGUGGACACGGCACACCCCAACGUCGUGGUGAACCCCGUGUACAUCUGCCGCGCGUGCGACUUCCGCACGGCGCGCCAGGGCGCCUUCGCCGAGCACAACUCGCGGCACCACCCGUCGCUCAACAGCAUGCGCCUGCGCGUCAUAAAGCGCCAGGACCAGACCAUCCUGGAGCAGAGCCCCGCCAGGCCCGCCAAGGGCCAGCCGCUGUCCAUCUGCGACGGCGACAACGGACGCUCGGACGGCCGCCGGUUCAGGUCGGCGGCAGACGAGGGCGACGCGGCGGGGGCGGCCGGGGCACAGGGUCGCGCCGGGCCGCUCGAGCGCCACGCCACGGCGCAGCAGGCGAAGGCCGCGGCCGCGUCGGCGGCGGACGCCGACGGCUCGCCGAAGACGCUGGCCGUGCUGCCGGCCGGCGUCGGGCUGGGCCAGGCGGUGCGGCUGAGCGACCUCUACCCUCCCGACGCCGGCCUCUCCAAGGGCGCGCUGGCGCUCAACGUGACCCAGCCGGCGGCCUUCCAGAUCUUCAACCCGGUGCUGCACCACAUCGUGCAGGGCCCGCAGCAGAACCUGCAGCAGCAGGUGGCGCUGCACGCCGCGGCCUCGCCCUACGGCGGGCACGGGCAGCAGUCGCACGCCGUGCAGAGGCUGUCGCCGGCAGCGCUCGGCGGGGGCCUGGGCUCCGUGGUGUCCAUCCUGAGCGUGGUGGACCCCGACCCGGCGAUGGACGCGAACCCGCACCUGGCGACGGCGUUCGCGCGCUUCCCGUACCCCUCGCAGGGCGACGUGUCGUGGCUGGCGUCCGUGACGCCCUUCUCCGAGGAGCGCAUCCGCAGCUGGUUCGCGGCGCGGCGCGUGCAGAGCGGCAUCAGCUGGUCCCCGGAGGAGAUCGAGGAGGCGCGGCGGCAGCUGAUCGCCAACGCCAUCGCGGCGCUGGGCGCGGGGCUGUUCGGCGGCGGCGGCGGCGGCGGCGGCGGCGCCGCGGGCGCGUUCGGCCUAAGCCUGGGCCACCUGGGCGCCGGCGGCGUGCUGGGAGGGCAGCCGGGCGGCGCUUCCGCGCCCGUCAUCGCGGUGCUGCCCAGCCCCAUCGUCAUCCCCGCGCAGCAGGCGCAGCAGGGCCCGCAGCAGGGCCCGCAGCUCGUGCCGCACAGCGUCACCUACCAGAUCAUCAAUCAGAUCAUCAACAACAACGGCGGCGGCGGCGGCGGCAGCACCAGCUGCAGCACCAGCGCCAGCACCAUCAGCAACCACGAGGGCGGCGCGGGGGGCCUCGUGUUCAAGCGCGCAGCGUCGGAGCGGCACGAGGAGACCGGCGGCGACGGGGAGGAGGUGGCGGGAAAGUUCGGGGCGAGCGCUCGCGCCAGGGACUGCGCCCACAAGCCCUGGAGGACGCCGCCCCACAAGCGACCGUGCGACGGCUUCGACGCCGGCGCCGGCAGCCCCAGGCGCCCGGGCUGCGGAAAGGGGCCGCACGGCACCGACGAGGAGUGCCGGAGCCGCGAGGCCUCCAAGCAGUUUUCGGCCAUCGCGCCCAAGCUGCUGCCCGUCGCGUCGCAGCUGUCGAACAUCCGCACGGAGGGGACGGACGCGGCAACCCCGGCGGCGCCGCCCACGCCCGGCGCCGCCGGGGCGUGGGCGGCGCCGCCGGACGGGGGGGCCUCCCCGGCCACGGCGCCGCCACCCGUCGCGGGCGCCGCGCCGCCGUCGAGGACGGGGCCGCCAGCCCCGACGGAGCCGCCGUCGUCGUCGUCGCGGGGGCCCGAGCCGGCGCCCGGCGCGGGCUCCUCUGCGUCUGCGCCCAACCUGAGCCCGCUGCUCAUGUCGCCGCUGUGGCUGCCGGUGGCCAAGCGCAGCCGCAAGCACAAGAAGAGCAAGGAGCAGCUGGCGCAGCUGAAGGCGAGCUUCGCCCGUGAGCAGCACCCCGACGAGGCGGAGCUGCGCAGGAUCAUGGAGCGCACGGGCCUCACCAAGUCGGAGGUGAAGAAGUGGUUCAGCGACAGCCGCUACCACUACCGCAACCUGCGCUGCCCCGGCACGCGCUUCUUCAGCCGCAACCUGCCCACCAUGUGCCCCAUGGUGUACGACGGCGGCGCCGGCAGCGCCGCCGCGGCCGCGGGACUGCGCGCGCUGCGCCAGGACGACUUUGUCACGGCCCACCCGUCGCUCAGCAUCGUGGACUCGCUCAAUUGGGCCGCCCGGGCCCAGGAGCACCUCAAGCUCCUCCAGGAGGAGGAGGAGGACCGAGCGGCGAUGGCGGCCGCGGCGGCCGCGGCGGCCGCGGCCGCGGCGGCGGCGACGGCGGGAGCGUCGGCGUCACGUGAGCCGUCCGUCCAGGAUAUGGGCGAAGUGAACCGCGAGCCGGAGGCCGGCAGGAUCGAUGCCGGCGCCGAGGGUCGGUUCGCUCGCCUGGGCGGUGCCGCCGAGGUGGCGGACGACCCGGGGCCGGCCCCCGCGAGCGUCGCCGCGGGGGCCGCGCCGCGCGAGGUGGCACGGCCCAACGGCUCGGACGCGGCGCCCUGCCGGCGCGACGUCGGGGCGGACGCCGGGCCGCGCUGCGCCACCUGGCGAGGCGGCGGCGCCCGGAUCGACGCUCGUGCGCCGCCGCCGCCGCCCCACGGACCCGAGGGCCCCAGCUGCUCACGGGUGGACGCCGGCGCCGGUACCGGGGCUGGAGAGGGCGACCGGGAGCGCGACGAGCGGGAGCGCGAUCACUGCAGGGCCUCGGAGGCCGGCGGCGGCUCGAAGCAGCACGGGGUGAAGCGUGCGGCGGCGGGGCCGGUGGCCGAACCGCCGCCGCCGCCGCACGGCGUCGUCCCCCGCGUCUACUUCGGCGGCUUUGAAAACGGGACCAAGAAGAAGUUUAGAAUUUCCGCUACGUCCGACUACAAGGCCGGGCUCAACUCCUACUGCAACAAGGUGCGCAUCCGCCUAGAGCGCAAGGAGCCUCCGGCGCCGCGGACCCCGGACGACCCAGCCGCCCCGCCGCCGCUCGAUGCCAAGCCGCCGACGUUGGCGGCCGCCGCCGCCGCCUCCGUAAGCGCGGGCGCCACGGGCCCCUCUCCCAGCAAGCGGCGGUACCAGCAGCAGAAGGUGAAGCUGUUGAAGCUGAAGAAGGGCGCCGGGCGGGGCAAGAAGCCGUACUCGCGGCCCAAGAAGACCAAGGAGCAGCUGUCGGUGCUCAAGAGCUUCUUCAGGGUCACGCAGUGGCCGUCGUCCGACGAGUACCUGGAGCUGUCGCUGCGCUCGGGGCUGCCGCGCUCCGACAUCGUGCGCUGGUUCGGCGACACGCGCUUCGCCUUCAAGCACGGGCAGCUGCGCUGGAUCCGGGACCCGAUGCAGCACGCGGACGGCGCGGGGCCCGGCGGGGAAGCUCCGGCGGGGACGCCGGGGCCCGGGAUCGGGCGCGGGGGGCGGGGGCGCCGCGGCGGAGGCCCCCGCUCCAGGGGGGGACGCGGGGGCCGCGGGGGCAGGGGCCGGGGCUGCAGGCGGCGCCGGGGGGAAGCGGAGCCGAGGCCGGGCGUGGGACGUGAGCUGCUGCCGGACCGGCGGGAGGGCGACGCGCCGGCGCCGCCCCGCGGCCGAUUCCGCCGCUUCCAGAGGCGCGGGCGGCCGAGCCUGCGCCUCGGCAGAGAGCGGACGGUUCUUCGCGCUGCCGUCGAGGUCCCCGAGGUCGUCCAGGUCGCCGAGGUCGCCGAGGUCGCCGAGGUGGCGGAGGUCGCCGUGCCCCGCGACCCCGGCAGGGUCGACGUCUCCGGCGUCGUCGCGGACGGACGGCGCGCGCCGUUCUGCGUGGGACGCGCCGCCGCCGCCGCCGCCGCCGCCGCCGCCCCCGUCGCCGUCAUCGCCGCCGCUGCGGGCCGCCGCGCCCCCCCGUCGCUCGACGCCGUGGAGGACGACCCCGAGAACAAGCUGCUGGAGCUGGCCGUGGCGGCCGAGAUCAGGGAGCAGAUGGCACGGGCGCAGAGCGAGGCGCUCGCGCGCGACGGCGCCGCCGCCGCCGCCGCCGCCGCCGCCGGGGCGGCGGCGCCGCACGAUCUUGCGGGGGUCGCCGCCGUCGCCGCCGCGGCCGCCGCGUUCCCCUGCCGGGUCGAGCUGCGGAGCGUCCCGCACGCCUGCGACCUCUGA